GUGUGAGAACAUGGUAAAAGAGACGAAUCUACUAACUAGCUUUCAAGUUGGUUCAGAUACUGAAAUUGUCAAACUCUCAGCUGGGCAGGGAUAAAGUGAAAAGACGGUUUGAGUGUACUCUCACCAAGUGUGUUGAUAAUCUGGCACACUGGAGCAGGGUUGCACAGAUUGUCUUGAACAAACUACAGAGAAGCUGCACUGGUGGAAAUAUCUCAGGAGCCAGACUGACUGUCAGGGUGCAGAGGGCAGAUGCUGCUGGUGCUGCUGGUGUCCCUGCUCUGCUGUGUCCCUGCAGCAAAGGCCUGUCUGCAGUGCGACCGAAGCAUCAGGCUCUUACAUGAGGACUUUGUCCUGUCUGCUCCUUCUGUGAACGACCAGAUUGAAAUACAAAAGAUUUGUGACUAUGCAUAUGUGACCUACAGAGAGACCAGCCAGGAGCGAAAAGGAGUUAUUGAUCCCACCACUCUAUACAGAGUCAGAACUGAGUACCAGAGUGAAUUUCACCGCUUCUUGAAAACCCAGCACACUGGAUCUGUAACAUUUGAAGCCAUUCAGAUAAUGGAGAAGGGCAGGAAGAUCUUAGAAAAACACUUGGACAUAUUCAUCCAGGAUGGAUUGUGCCCCAACAAGUGUGGGCUUUUGAAACGAAGAGUAAUGGAUUGCUUCUCUUGCCGCUACCAGAUAUACGUCUGUCCCUCUCCCUCAGGCCAGCAGAACUGUGGCGACUACCCAGUGCAGGCUGAGGAGGGGGGGCAGGCAGUGUUGAACUGUUUCCUUCCAUGGCAUCGCAUUCUGUUGGAAAAAACAGAGUAUCACUACUCCUGGGCCCCCGGUGUGCCAGGAACUAAAAAACUGAACGAGAGUGACUUCAAAGCAUUGGUAGUGACAGACGACUCAUCUGUGGUCUUAAACCAGCUGCAUGUGGCUGAACAGGGAACAUAUCGCUGCUCUCUGCAAGGCCGUAAUGGAACCGUUUUCUACCGAGUCACUUUCCUCCUCACUGUCGCCCCUGUGCCUGACCCAACUCUCCGACCCGUGGUCACGCUGCCCUCGCCGCCUCACGGAGACAACUACUCAACUUUCCAUCCUGAAGACCUGCUGGUGCCACUCAUCGCCAUGGUUACUGCUAUGAGUCUGGCAGCGAUCAUAGGCCUCACAGUUGUCCUGGGAAUGAUGAUGGGUCAAAGGAGAGCCACAGAGGAGCCGAGGAGGACGGAGAGGAAGAACACACCAAACACGUCUGCCCUCUCUACAUUUUGAUGACACAAGCUGAUUCAAAGAGUAGUCAUCUUUACCUACACAAGUUCUGUCAUGAUCUCCAUUGCCUUCUCGUCAUCACCUCUAUACGUCUUGUCAGGCGGCGUAUAAUCUGCUCACUGAAGCAAUUUAUCUUUCAUGCCUUGAGCUAUUUUCAGCACCUUCAGCUCGCUGUCAAUAGAAAAGUCAAACUUCCUACAAUAGACAUAAUAACAACAAGUUCACACCCAUCUCUCAGCAUCAUGUCAGGCCAGAUUUAUUUUUGGCUGAUUAUUUGCCUACAAUGACUGACUGAUGUGCUAAUUUAGAAAAGUUAAACAUCCUAACCAAAGAAAACUGAAAGCUAGUGAAUGAUUGAUGUAUGAGUCACUGCAUCCAGAAUUUAAGUAACUUAGUCACCUCUGAAAUCAUUCAUCUUUGCUCAGGUUUUUCAGGGUAAUUUCCAACAAACAUUUUGAGUCAGGGAAGUCUGUUUGUGUUAUUAGCUAUGACAAAUGAAACAAAGUUGGAGGGGUGAGAGUGGGUGUGCAUGGUGACAGGAUGUGUGUGUGCAGUGCUGUUUCCUGUGGGACUCUUGUGAUGUAGCCGAAUGUUAAAAAAAGAAAUCUUUGUUUAAACACCCUCAAACAGAGACAGUCAUGUCACACUCUUCCUACUCAACAGACCUCAAUGUGUGUGUUCAAGCCCUAAAGUGCAGGUUGAGGCUACAGUAAAUGCAUGCUCAGCGGCUCUGCUGACAGCCAUGAUAAACUGUUAACCCAAGUCAGUGUGUGGAGUGAAAACGCAGCCUCAGCAGGGGGAGAGCAAGACAAAGUGGGAGGGCUGCUGAGGGGCCAGCAGACAGGCUGAGGGAGGGAAAGAAGGAAAUGGGAACAAGAAGAAAGUAGAGUCAGAGGUUUGAGUGGGAGACGUAUGUGGGAAGGCAGGGUCAUUUUAACGUGGGUUGUGAGGAAAUUAAGACAAAGGCGUCAGAUUACACUUUGAUAUUAACUAUCCCACACUGAAGAAUGUUUUGCUGUGGGUUACUUACAGGACAAUGAGUGUACCCACUGUAUCCAGGGGUGGGAGCCACAUUUAGGAAAACUAAAUAUUACUCAUGUAGGAUUGAGACAAGUUAAAUUGAAAGCAAUACUCAAGUUAAAACACAAUAAAAACCAUCUUGAGAUGUAAUUAAAACACCUAUAAUCUAAAGUGUUUCUCUAUAAUUAAAUAAUAAAGAUCUGAGUAUAAGUAAACAUUUUUAAAUCAUCAAUAAGUUUCAUUAAGCAAAUGUACCUGAUCGGCGUGUGGGUAUUGUUUAAACUUUAAGUAGACAACGUUGUCACCCACACCUUUUAUUACAUUUUGAUCCAAAAAAUACUAACCGCAACAUCCCUUUUCCCCUAGUGAGCCCCCCUAAAACCAGUGAGCAGAUGACAGACAAAAACACAAAAGUAGAAAUCACUCUGGUUUUUAGGACUUUAGGUAACCAAGAAAGAGUCAAAGGGGCAUCUUAUAACCACCUAAACAUUAAGAAAAACACCCUACCAACCUUUGUAAUCUUUACCAUUAAUGGUCUUUAGAGUUUGAUAAAGACAUAUUUCAAUCAUUUGUUUUAUGCUGUUUCCUUUUUUAGAAAGCUUUCUACCAAAUGUAUGAGACAAAAGUGCCUCACAAUUUAUAUCCUGUUUGCUUAGCUAAAGGCCUAUUCUUCUUCAGCACAUUACUUUAAAUUAUACAGUAUAAUACUGUACUGAAUUUAUACGUCUGGACAUUAUAUAUUUUCCUCAUCAAUCCUAUGGAACACAUUUUGAUAUAUCUUAUUCUUUUGUUCCAUGACCUCCAUUGUUGUCCAGAACGAUUAAAAGCAAAUUGAUGAGCCGUAGUGUAAUGAACAAGUAGUACAAUGUAGUUGAUUUUGUGUGAAAUCAUCAUGCUCGCUUGUGCACCAAUUCCACAGCUUAAAAAGUUCCCCAAUUAAGUUACUGUUCACUCCUCUUUCAGUAACUUGUAUUAAAAGGUAGAGUAUUACUCAGAGCAUUUUUUUGUAAAUUAUUAUAAUUUUUUAUUAAGCUUUUAAAACAAAUUAAGUAUCUUUUGUAACAUUUUAAAAGAUUGUUUGUCUUGUUAGCUUCUUCGGAUUUGUUGAGAUAAAAAAAAAUAGAAUAUCACCAGCCGUAUGGUUUGAGUGUAAUUGAAUGUAUUCAAAGUGUAAGUUUAUGAAAACUCAUGGUAGUACAAUUAUGGGAUUGUUUAAGUUACUUUACACUUCGCCUAUGUGCUAAAUAAAAUGUCUGUUUGUUUAAACAACGUAAUCCAUAUCUGGCACAGGCCUUAAUCCUUGUACAAAAAGUAGGAAAAAUGCUGUAUCUGAUAUAACC